GCAUGGUGUCACCUCCCCUCUGGGGCACAAUGUGAGCAUUUCAACUUAGCCUUUUUUAGUCAGUUAGUUGUAAAAUGUGAAUUAAUAACCAGAAAACCACAGUAAACUAAACAGUACAGCAUAGACACAUUUAUAUUUACUGUAAACAUUUGUUUGAAGGUCUUUUCACGCCCCACUGUUCACCACGUGUGUUAUGUGAAACGUCCAGCUUUGACUGUAACAACGUAUGUGCCUGAGAGUCUGACCCACGUCUGUUCAAUGGCUACCUCAGGCCCCACCUCUUCUGCCUCCAUCACUGCCACUGUGCCUGGGGGUUUCCACUAUGAAACCAAGUACAUUGUGCUCAACUAUCUGGGAAUGCCGCCUGUUAAUAGAUCACAGGCACUCACCACAGCUGAAGGAGAUGCUCUGAUUGACAGAGAGAGGAGCACAAGGACAAAAGGCCAUGAAGAAGAGCUGAGACAACUGGAUGAUGAAAUUGCUGCCUCUUAUUCCACAACAGGCUUCGAGCGUCACACAUCGCUGGUGUUUAACCCGACCGCCCCAGAGACCUCCAUAGAGGACUGCCUCGCUGCAGUGGGAGACCGGGUGGCCGAAGAGCUCGACACACACCUGGCAGCAGCCGUACACACACUCCUCGCAGGGCCUUUGGACUACGAAAGAUUUAGAGACGCAGCGCGGGAUCUCUCGACGUACACAGAGGGAGGCUGGAGCAAGGUGCUGGUCCCUUUGGUGCUGCUCCAGGCUCUACAGAGCGAGGGCCAGUCGCUGCAAACUCUCUCACAGCUUGGGGUACGCUUUCUAGAGGAGGAUGAAGCGGGCUACAUCAUGCAGCAAGGGGGAUGGGGGGAAGUAUUCAGCCUCGAGUCAGAGGAGGAGCGAGGUGUAACCAUCGCUGAAGACAGCAACGAUAUUUACAUCCUCUCCGGGGACCAGCACCCAAACCAUCCGAGCCCCCCCUCCUCGCUGCUCUGCAUAGGAGAGAACAGCAGCGGGCAUAGCUCCUGGCAGACGGAGAGCUUACCCGUGUCUCUGGCCGGCCACGAGUCCUGGGCACAGGUCAGCGCGAUGGACCCAGAAGACGUCAAGAGCCUGGACAGCAACGAGGGCGGAGCUCUGGCCGAGGAGCGCAGUGAGAACAACUCGUCAAACUCGGACAUUGUCCACGUGGAGCGCGAGGAUGCGGAGAUGCUGGACGAAGGCGGGGAAGGAGCGGCGAUAGACGAGAGCAUGAUGAGCAUCCUGGGCACGGAGAGCGACAUGGCUGAGCUCAGGGACGAGUUCAGGGGCCAGACUCCCACCGUCGCAGAGUCGGCCGACGCUGACUCCACGGCCCCGGCCUCCCUGCUCUCAUUAGAAGAGCCGGUUGUCAUAACGACACCUGCAAGCUUGUCCGCAGAGCCUUCCAUCAUCUCCUUAGAACCUGAGCUGCCUCCCCCCGUCGCUGAAGCUCCCCCUCCUGAACCGGAAGUACCUUUAUCUGAGCCAGAACCAGAAGCUGCCCCCGCCCCAGUGUCUGCUGAGGUGGCCCCCCCAUCCCCAGCCAAGGAAACCCCGUUAGCAGCAGUGGAGCCCGAAGUAGAGCCGGAGCCAGUCGCAGUGCCUCCCCAGCCAGAGGAGCCAGAGCCAGACACUGUGGCCGAGCCCCUCCUCUUGGAGGAUGCAGUGGCCCCUGUAGAAGCCCCAGUUGAAGAAACCCCAUUGCAGCCGGAGCCUGAACCAGAGCAAGAAGAAGAGCUCCCGCUGAUGCUCUACGGAGGCGCUGCGCUGGUGCUCGCUGCUGCAGUGGCGUACAGUUUCAUCAGCUACCGGAGGAAGUAGCACGUCUCAGGGCAGCAGGGUGCAAAUUACAAGAUGAUAAGGAAAGAUAAAUGUAUUAGUACACACAUGGUGGGACUCUUCUUGCUAAGUGUGUUGGAUGUAUUAAAUGCGUUUUUUUGAAGGUUUAAGAUCUGUGAAAAUGACCCCCAGCAACAAAACAAAAACACUUCCUCUGCAGCCUCACCACUGGGAGUCUGGACGGCUCCACCGCACCGGGGGCAAACACAGUAAGGGUGAAACAAUGCACUCCACUCUUCUCCUAUUUCCUCUCUAGAUCCUUUUUUGGUUAUUUUGCAAUUGUGUGUCGAAAUUCUCCCGCCUUUUUAUAGCCACACAUUGGAAGGUUUGUGAACUUUAAUCCCUGCUAGAUUCUGUUAUUAUCACUGUUUAGUCUUUGAUCUUUGUUUUGAGUCAGUGUAACUACAUGGAAAAUCACUAACAACGCUUCCUGUUUUUCUGUGAGACUAAAGGUUUUACGGCUUUCUCCCUUUCUAUGCAACAAAACAGCACUUAGUAAUAUCCCCCCCAUCAUCUGUGAUUCUGAUUCUGUCUCUCAUUUACAUAACAAAUGUACGACAUAUGGAGGAAACCAGUUAUAUGACUUUGUGUCGGUUUCAAACACAGGCACAACUAAUGUUCCUCUACAUUCUGCAUUACGUACUUGUAUGAUUUCACAUCACAUUUUUGUGUAUUAAAACAUUAAAAUAUUGCCCAAGAAUGGAUGAACAUAUGAAACUGAAACAUCAAGCCUGCUGGUUCAUUUUUUUGCCAUCAUUCAUAUUCAAAUUUGAAAACACUGAAGGUACAAAAACAAUAUUUUAUUUCUACAGUAUAAGAUGUCAUCUAGUACUUUCUAAAGAUACCCCAGUCCUUGUGUGAACUGCACCUGAUUCGUUUGUAUUCACAGAAAAAGAAAACAAAUACAGCUGCAGUACACAAGUUCUGUCAUCCAUUAAAUUUACAUUUCAAGUUUUAAUUUGCAAAAAUAACAUUUUCUCACUUUUUUUUUUUUUGCCCGUUUUUACUUUUUCUGCCCCCUUUAGUCCUCCGUGUUCUGCUCCGUAUUCUUUACUAUUACUGCUCAGCUGUACCAGUGACUGUUGGCCCUGUUGGGAGUUUAACAUUGAGGUAAUAAAACAAAAAGGGGCUCCUUCAGCAACACUCAAACAGCAUUGUGUUUGUAUGGUUUUAUAUUGGCGUAGAGAACGCUGCGAUAAAGAUUUGUUUUGGAAGUCGACCUCUUGUGUUAUUGCAAGAUGUUUUUGCCACAAUAUAGGCCAGCUGAGGAGAUCUUUUAAACAAAAUGUGAACUGCUAUUGGGGAAUGUCCCCUGACCUCCCCAGAGUGUAAAGUGAGUCAUCUUGCACUGUGAGAACUCGGGUCAUUGACUUGUGCAGUAUCACAUGAUUUUGGGGAUAUUGUGGUAUGUUUUAUCACUAUGAAAAUGUAUAAAUGGCUGUAAAAACAUGAUACCAUCUUCUAUGAAAGGAUGCAUCCCUGUGAGUCAGUCAGCGAUACUUAGUAAUACUCAAGGAGGCUGUUACCGGGGAGAGCAGGAUGGAUGUCCAAAGGUCCCACACACAACACUUUGUACCUUCAGUUUCCUACAACACACACGUGAGAAUAAUAAAGCUAAAUAUUUGAAAACCUAA